AUGCGAGAACCUAUUUCAGUAGUAAAACGUGUUGCAGUUGCAUUACAUUAUCUAGCUUCAUGUGAAGAGUAUCGUGUUGUGUCUGACCUUUUUGGCAUAGGAAAGUCAACAGCAAAUUUAAUUGUUCAUGAAUUUAUUAAUGCUGUUAAUGACAAUUUGCUCCCGAAAUAUGUUAAAUUUCCAUUGUCAGUGGAAAAUUUAAAUAAACAUAGUAGAGAUUUCAAAGCUAUUCUUGGUUUUCCACAAUGCGUUGGAGCUGUUGAUGGAUGCCACAUCCCUAUUUCAGCCCCUAAAUAUCAAGCAAUUUCUUAUUAUAAUUAUAAAGGGUGGUAUUCCAUUGUACUUUUUGCCGUUGUAGACUGUCGAUACCGUUUCAUUUGUACAAGUGUUGGAUCGCCUGGUAGAAAUAAUGAUAGCUAUAUUUUGCAGAAUUCUUCUUUGAAAGCAAUUUUAGAAUCAAAUCUAUUUGAUAGAUGUUGUAAAGAGCUGGACGAUUCUCUUGUUCCGCUAUGUUUGAUAGGUGAUUCAGCAUUUCCUUUAACGCGUCAUUUGUUAAAACCUUAUCCUGAAAUUUUGGAGCUUAGUGAAAUUCAAAAAAAUUUCAAUAAAAUACUUUGCGGAGCUAGAAGAGUAGUUGAGAAUGCUUUUGGGCGCGUUAAAGCUCGACUCCGUGUAAUUUUCAAACGUAUGGAAUGCGAUAUUAACUUUGCUACAAAAAUUGUUAAUGCUUGCGUCACUCUUCACAACAUUUUUGAAUAUUAUGACGAUAUUAUUAUAGAAUGGCUUAUGCAUCAUCAUGAAGACAGUCUAGCUCAACCCUAUACAGUUUCUACAACUGGGAACAAUGGACCAGGAAAAAAUGUUCAUGACUCAAUUGCUAAAUACCUUUAUGAAAGGGACAAGUAA